AUGGCUCAUCUACUCACCAGAAUCCAAGUUAUCCGACCUCGACUGGUUCCAGCCGUCCGAUCUCUACACCUGACCGCGCCGCUCUUUCGCACAGACACGGCGUUACGCAUCUGGCAGCGGAAGAUGGAAGUCAAAGAUCGGUAUCGUUCGUGGACGAAAGACUCGCUCAUCUCCCGAAUCGCCGAGCUGGAAGCACAGACGAAGUCGGAGCGAGCAGCUCAGGCGGGGAUCGAUACCGCCGCGUUUGUCGAGAGAACUUCCCCAGGUUCAAAGAAAAAAGGGUUGGGGAAGAAGGAGAAGAAGUCCAAGGAGGUGGAUUUUACUUCGGCGGGCUGCAGGAAGAUCGCGUUGAGGUUUUCGUACGAUGGUGCUGGAUAUGCCGGGUUAGCGGCGCAGAAUGGAGAGGGGGCCGGGAGUAGUUUGCCGACGGUGGAGGGGGUGCUGUGGGAAGCGUUGUGUACGGCGAGGCUGGUAGAUGCCAAGGCGGGGAUGGACGGUGCCGGGUUCAGCAGGUGCGGAAGGACCGAUAGGGGGGUGAGUGCUGCGGGGCAGGUGGUGGCGCUUUGGGUGAGGAGCAGGAAGCUCAAUCAGUGGGAGCAGAGGUUGACGCAUCAAGAACAGUUUUCCCUCUCCACACCUCUGGCGUCGAGACCGUCGGGGGAAGAAUGGAGAGAGUUGGAGGACAAGAGGAAUUCAAAGUUGGAGGAGCACGAACUGCCGUACGUUCAGAUCCUGAAUAGGAUUUUGCCAGCGACGAUCAGGAUCCAAGCAUGGUCUCCCGUCAGAAGCGAUUUCUCGUCGAGGUUCGAUUGCGUCUACCGACACUACAAGUACUUCUUCCCCUCCGGUCCUCCCAACAUCUUUUACCCACCAACAACAACGUCCACCGCUACAAACCUUGGUAUCGGUGGAGGUCAAGACGCCGGAGCCACACGACUGGACAUCGACCUGAUGCGCGAUGCAGCGUCGCGUCUGUUGGGCGAACACGACUUCCGCAACCUGUGCAAGAUCGAUGCAUCCAAGCAGAUCACGAAUUUCCGUCGGAGGAUCGAUGGUGUCAGCAUCGAUAGAGUCUCUUCUCACUGGCCAUCGAACCACGACGUUGUUCCUGACGACGGUGAUGGAGAGAAGGAGAACAUGUAUGUGUUGAACCUGCGUGGGACGGCGUUCCUCUACCAUCAGGUACGAAACAUCAUGGCGAUCCUCUUCCUCGUCGGUGCGAGACUCGAGUCUCCUUCGAUCGUCGAGGAGCUGAUGAACGUCUCCACGGGUAGGAUCGCAGCCGAUCGCGUACAGAUGCGGUUGGCUGCGGAAACAGGGACCCGAGCAACUGCCAACUCCACUUCUCCCUCGGACCGAGAAGCAGGGUUGAAAUGGUGGCUUCCCGUCAACGCGACCUCCUCCUCCGACUGCAACUCCACCCCGACGGGUCUACCGAUGUGGAUGCACACCGCGCUGUCCACCCACCCCUCGGACUUUGCUCGCUCCGAUGCCGAGCUGGAGAUCUACGCGACCAAACCCAACUACGAGAUGGCAGCGGAUCGACCUCUCGUACUCUGGGAAUGCGGGUUCCUACCCUCGGAUAUCGAAUGGAGGGUCGGCGCGUACGACGGUCCUCUCUCCUCCAUCUCCCCACCCGAGCAGCAGGACAACAACGUUUCCGCGAGCAACUCCCUCCUGCGGGUGCACAAGACCUGGACCCAAAUGGCCAUCUCCACCGAACUGAGCAGACACUUUGUCCUCGCAAGUCCCUCUGCAAAGACGGGCACGUUGGCGAGCAGGACCGAUUUUGCGGAUGCAGCCUAUCCGUGUCUCCAAAGCACGAAGGAGCAGCGAAGCAGCGAGGAAGAGGAAACGAGGAAGGAGAGGUUGAAGAGUGGAGUGAUUCCCUUGGGCAACGGUACAGGUCGUGGGGCAAUGAACUAUGUGCCACUGGGGCAGAGGCCGAGGGAAGAGACGUACGAGGUCAAGAACCGGAGGUGGGCCGAAAACACGGGCAAGAGAAGGGCCGAUAGGAAAGCUGAGCAGCAACAGCAACACGAGAAGGAACACACGGUAAACGGAGGAGGAUCGGGACCGGGCGCAGAAGAAUGA